CCUUUGUUUCUUUUACACUUUUUUUCUAGUCCAAAUCCUAUUCUUCUGGAAACAGGAAAGGCUUUCUCUCUGGCUUGCUAGAUAAUAUAAAACAAGAAUUAGCUAAAAACAAAGAAAUGAAAGAAAGUAUAAAAAAGUUCCGAGAUGAAGCCAGGAAGUUGGAGGAGUCAGAUGCGCUCCAAGAAGCCAGGAGGAAAUACAGAACCAUUGAAUCCGAGACCAUGCGGACGGGCGAAGUGAUCCGGAAGAAGCUGGGGGAGAUCACAGGCACCGUGAAGGAGAGUCUUGAUGAAGUCAGUAAAAGUGACCUUGGCCGGAAAAUCAAGGAGGGUGUGGAGGGAGCAGCCAAGACCGCCAAGCAGUCUGCUGAGUCCGUGUCCAAAGGAGGGGAGAAGCUUGGCAGGACGGCUGCCUUCAAAGCCCUCUCCCAGGGUGUGGAGUCGGUAAAGAAGGAGAUUGAUGAGAGCGUCCUGGGGCAGAUGGGGCCCUACCGGCGGCCUGAGCGGCUCAGGAAAAGGAAAGAGUUUGCCGGAGAGAAACUCAAGGAAGAAAAAGUGUUUGAGGCCAAUGAGGAGGCCCUGGGGGUCGUGCUGCACAAGGACUCCAAGUGGUACCAGCAGUGGAAGGACUUCAGGGACAACAAUGUGGUGUUUAACCGGUUCUUCGAGAUGAAGAUGAAGUAUGACGAAAGUGACAACGCUUUCAUCCGGGCGUCCCGCGUGCUGACGGACAAGGUCACAGACUUGCUGGGGGGCCUGUUCUCGAAGACGGAGAUGUCGGAGGUGCUCACGGAGAUCCUGCGGGUGGACCCCGCCUUUGACAAGGAGCGCUUCCUGCAGCAGUGUGAGAAUGACAUCAUCCCAAACGUCCUGGAGGCCAUGAUUUCUGGAGAGCUUGACAUUCUCAAAGACUGGUGCUAUGAAGCAACCUACAGCCAGCUGGCCCACCCGAUCCAGCAGGCCAAGGCGCUGGGCCUCCAGUUCCACUCCCGCAUCCUGGACAUUGACAACAUCGACCUGGCCAUGGGCAAGAUGAUGGAGCAGGGACCUGUGCUGAUCAUCACCUUCCAGGCCCAGCUGGUGAUGGUGAUAAAGAACCCCAAGGGCGAGGUGGUUGAGGGUGACCCGGACAAGGUCCUGCGGAUGUUGUACGUGUGGGCACUCUGCCGAGACCAGGGCGAGCUCAACCCCUACGCAGCCUGGCGGCUCUUGGACAUCUCUGCCUCCAGCACAGAGCAGGUCCUCUGAGCACGGUGGCCAUUGACCAGGGGCUCUGGGGCUGAAUCGUCACUGCAGACACGCAACAGACUGGUGUCCACCUGCAGCAGCUAGACCACUAGGCCCAGGACUGUCGGCUCUGCCCCCACUCUGCCAGGAUGGCUGCAAAGCUAGCUGGAUGGAGCAGGGUGGGGAGGGGGCUACAGCGCCAGCCCCUGCACCGCCCUCUGCCCCAUGGGGGCUGCUGACCGGUGGGCCACAGAGCCACACAAACCAGACAGUGCCAAGGGGUCCCUAGCCCAGGGACUGCCUCCCAGGACAGAGUGGUGGGGCCUGGGCCCACUGGCCACAGCAGCCAGGCUGUUUUAGCUCCUUUUUUUUUUUUUUUAAAAGAGUGCCCUUAUUAUCCUGUACAUACGCUGGAGACUUGGAAAUAAUAAAACACCAGAGUGCAGGAGAGCA